AUGACUAUCUCAUCAAAGCCCCUUGUCCAAGCCGACGAUGAGUGGUCCCCUCUCAAGUCCGUCAUCGUUGGCCGAGCAGGCGUGUCCUGCUUCCCCAGCGGCCCAGCCGAGAUGAUGAAAUCUACCAUGCCCGCAGAACAUCUGAGCUCCUUCAAACCAAAGACACUCUUUCCCCCAGAUCUCAUCGAAAAGGCAGAAGCCGAACUCGACCAAUUUGCCACUAUCCUCAAAAAUGAGGGCAUCAAGGUUUAUCGACCCUUGGACAUCAACUGGCAAAAGAUCAGUGGAUAUACCGGUGCCAUGCCACGAGAUGGUCUCAUCAGCGUUGGAAAUACCCUGAUCGAGGCAUGCUUUGCUUGGUCAUGUCGCUCCCAAGAGAUUGACAUUGCAUUCACGCCUAUUCUUGAACAGCUUAGUCUCGACCCUCGAGCGAAUAUUGUUCGACGUCCAGACAGCAGCUUUGCUGAUACUCUGAUGAAUGAUAAUGAAGCUGGCAACAAGUGGGUUAUCAACAACUCCCGUCCCGCCUUUGAUGCCGCCGACUUUAUGCGGUUUGGCAAAACCAUCAUUGGACAGUACAGCCAUGUCACCAACCAAGCUGGCGUUGACUAUCUUGCUGAGCAUAUCCCAGAAAGAUAUCAGAUCGAGAUGAUCGAAGUCAAUGACCCAAACGCGAUGCAUAUCGAUGCAACAAUCCUACCUCUUCGCGAUGGACUUGUUGUCUACAACCCAAACAAGGUUACUGAAGCUGGCUUGAGAAAGCAUGCCGUCUUGAAGGACUGGGACCUUGUUCCUUAUCCGUUUGCUCCCAAGGACCGAACGGAUCCUCCUUUGUAUAUGACUAGUCCAUGGCUUUGCCUCAAUGCUCUGGUUUUGGAUGGGAAGAAGGUGGUGGUUGAGGCUAGUGACUUGGUGACGAUGGAGUGGUUUGAGUCGCUUGGUAUGGAAUGUAUUCCUUGUCCUUUCCAGCAUGUGAACAGUAUUGGAGGUUCUUUCCAUUGCGCUACGGUAGAUCUGGUACGAGAAACGUAUUAG